AUGUCGCGACUGUUCAUAACGGCUGUGCAGGUUGCUGCUUUGGUAUAUGAAUUCAAUGAACACUUUUUUCAGCUGCAGGUCACAGCGGGACCCAGUAUGUUGCCCACACUUGAUUACACCGGUGAAAUUGUCUUACUGAACAAAUGGUCUGGCAAAUUCGCCCGAAACUGCAAGGUUGGCGAUCUUGUUGUUGCUACAAAACCCAGCAAUGCCCAACAAAGUGUCUGCAAGCGAAUCCUUGGAAUGCCCGGUGAUACUGUGUUUGUAGACCCUACAAUAUCUGACAAAACGAUUAAAGUACCAGUGGGACAUGUCUGGCUUGCAGGAGACAACGUGGUUCAUUCUUUAGAUAGUCGCUCCUAUGGACCUGUUCCUUUCGGUCUCGUUACUGCUAAAGUGAUAGCUCGAGUAUGGCCAAAACCAACUUGGUUUUUGAAUGGCCUGCAAGAUGAAGGCCCUUUUGAUGACUUUUUUUAG